GUUCUUGAAUGUUGUUCACCAUUCUUUUUCAGAAACAUUUCAGACAAAGAUGAAGAACUAGAAAUUCCAAGAGCUGCUGACUCUCAUUUAACACCAUCAAUAUUUGACAAUGAACUAGUGAAGUAAGUAACACUAUUAAGAAUAAAAAGGUUCAGUAGCCUUCUUGCCAAUUUUGUUUUUCCAAUAAUCAUGUAUUAGAACAAUGGCCAGAAACAAUGUCCCUAUAUCACUGUUGUGGUCACCUCAGAGGCCAUAAACCAAGUACAUGUAAUAUGAUAAUGUUAUUUCAUUUUAUUUAUUUGCUUAUUUACUUAUUGUAAUUUUCGUGUUUGUUUAAUGAUGUUGAUUUUUAUAGGUUUGAACAGUGCCCACCCCUACAUUGUUACAUAAUCAAAGAAUGUUCAUCAAUUCUUUAGAACCACAAACUUUUUGUUUCUGUUAAUAGUAUGACCAGAAAUUCAUGUCUUGCAAAACCCGUGAAUCUCGGAAAAUUCGGUAAAUUGGUCAACAUUUAAACAUAAAAUUCAUUGUUCAUUUCUGAUUCACACUCAGCAAAUUUGUGAACUGCAUGAUGUGGGAUGGCAAAAAGUCUUUGUCACAAAAAAUAUUGAAGAUGGUAAGUGGACAAUUAAAAUUUUAAAAAUGUACGAUUAAUCAUCUUCAGAGUCGCUUUGACUCUGAAGAUGACUACCGCACAGGUUGUCGAAAUGUCAGUCACUGUCAACAACAACAGUCCUAUUCAGGACUGUAACGUUCAUCCGGACGAUCAAACUCAACCUUUUGAAAUGACUCCUGGGUUCAAACCUUUCACAGCUGUACGAUUAAUAUCAAUCAUUUGUGAGAGAACAUUACAACUGCAUUUCUUACACUUACAUGUCAUACAUGUACAGUCAACUACAGGUAUCUCUAAUAGGGAUACCUUUGGGACCAGCCCCGACUGUCUGUUUUAAAGCGGUGUCCAGUUUAUAGAGUGUUUUCACUCACCUGGCCAGCAUCUAUGCAAAUUUAUUGGAACAAAAGAAAGCGUUUGCAUAAGAAAAGAGUUCAACUCCCAGAGGAUUGGUUUGGGACACCAACAUGGCCGCCGUUUCAUUGUUUUGGGACACCAAUAUGGCCGCCGUGACGUCAUGUGAAAACACUCUAUAGAGUCAAGUUAUCAUGACACCGGUAAUUUUAAAGCUGAACCUAUUCACAAUGAAUACACAUCUGUUUAACUUGUGCAAAACCGCUAAAACUGAAACAGUGUUACAGAAAAGUGGAAUUAUUUUCUCAUCGUGCAAUCAAAAUUAAUGUUCAUUGCAACCAAAAGUUCAAGGCUUUGCAUUCUUAAAGAAGAGUAGCAGUAUACACUCUAUGAACUGGAGCACAACCACAAAAUAUCAAACACUUUGCAAUUUACUGUCAUGCAGAGCACCUACCAUGUUCAUUUCCGUUUUGAGGUAUUUUUCACUGCAUAAUUAACUUCUCGAGUGUCCAUUAACGGUUUCAAAAGUGUUCAUUGUCAGUGUUAGAGAGUUGCCCAUCUUUUAUAGGGUAUAGUAACAGUAAAAUGAGUGAAAAAUGGCAGGGACCAACACAAGGUGUCGGUCUUAUAGAGGUGUCCAUUAAUAAGAGAGAAUUGACUGUAGCUCUGUAUCCUUGGCUUAAAUGUUAUUAAUUCCCUUGUUUCAAACUCAUUAUCAUGCAUUGUCAUACCCAAAGCCCAAAUACUGAAGGUUUUAUCCAAGGAUAAAAUUGAAACAUAACAUGUAAAACUUAAAAUAGUUACACAGCUUGAUGUAUAUAUUAUGUUACAGGUUAAAAUGAAAUUCAGGUUAAAAUUUUUUAACCUAGGAAAUUGAGAAUCCACCUAGGUUAAAAAAAUUUAACCUGAAUUUAAUUUUGACCUGCAAUAUAUAUAUACACAAGUGAACCUCAAAGUGUCUCUACAUGUGUACCUCUUUUUGUGCCAGAGAGGAAGUAAAGACCACUAAAUGCCUUGCAAGUGUAUCUACACUGUAUUGUACUAGUACGGUACAUGUGUAAACAUCUUGACAAAGUGGCCAGUUUAUAGAGGUGAAGGCAAUAUAAAAUAACUAGCUGGGACCUUAGAAAAGGUGAACACGACUGCUUAACAGAGGUAACUGCUGAAAACAGGUCAGUUUACCAGUAGUUAAGGGAAAUGAUUUCCCAGACUUUGGUAAGUGACUACUCAAUAAAAGGGGACAGCCUAAUACAGGUUUGCUUAAUACAAGUUCGACCGUACAUUUUGCAUAUUUAUUUACCAGCACUCACGUUAACAACAGUGCAUGACUCUAUAAAGAAUUUCAGCGCUUGACGCCUAGGUAAUUUUCAAACGUAAUAAUAAUUAUUUUUUUGGUUCAUUUACCUUUUUGCUUUUACCGGUUAAAAUAAUGAUAUUUAGUACAUGUACAUUCUUGUGGAGUUAAUGUGCUGUCAUUAUCGUUUCAUCACAGGCUCUGGAGGAUAUCAAGACGGAGCAACUACAAAAGUAAGGUUAAUUUCAGAUCCUUCAAGGAAUAAUUAAUUACUGUCACCUCAUUUUUGCUGUUAGUGUCAGAAUGGUAUGAUUGGGAGCAUGUCCUUACAGCAAUGAAUCUGUAGAACUAAAGACACCUUACAGGCUUUUCCCUCUCUCUCCUCUUGCUUGUACUGCGUAAGUGCUUACAUGCAAUAAUGUUCAUUUAAUGUAGUUUCAGUGGGAGUAACAGCUGAUUCCUUGAAUCAUGUUUUGAUGUACAUAAUUAUAACUGCAAGGCUGUGUGGCUGUGUUCUUGGGCAGCAGUGUUUUAAUAACAACUCAGAUUGGAUGAUGUGAUAUCUGGAAUACCUUCAUUAUUCUGGACGUCACAAAAUUUGAACCUUAUCGUCAUUGUUUUACACAAUGUUUUACACAGGUGUUUUACACAAAUAACAAGAAACACACUGUCGCAGAACACAGUAUUAAAUUGCUCUUGGAAAUCAUGCAUUGCAUUUGCAACCGACAGAUUUAAGUAAGCAAGCAGUUAACUAGCUAAUCUUCAGUUCAGGCUGAUUUUCACAAUUACCUUUAGGCUCUUAUCCAAUGAGAAGACAGAUAACACAAUGUAUAAUAGAGUACUAUUAGCGUCUUCUUCUAAAUAACUGUUCUUAUUUUACAGACAAAGGGAAUCAACAAACCCCGACUCUGUACAGACAGAUCCACUGCAAAUUUUUCUUGAAGCAGUGGAAAACUGUAAGCCUAUUGUUGGGGUCAGAGGAAUGAAUAGAGGAGGCAAGGUCUAUCAGGUAAUAAAUUAUAGCACAGUGUGGGUUUUACUAAAAAAAAAAAAAAGAAAACAAAAGAAAAGGAAAAAAGCCCUUUAUUUUAGUGUUAAGGUAUUUAGCACGAAAAAGCUAUUUUGCGUGGUCAUCCGAGCCACGCGAAGGUCUAGCCGCUUGCAGUACAAAUAGAGUAUCUUCAUUUCUCAGUUAUUUUAAGACCAUGGGUAUUGGUCGGGCCUCGGGAAUCGAACCCGCGACCUUCCCUCUCUGCAGUUAAGCGACUGCAGCUCGACUGAGCUAAUCCUGCCACGGCAAGGGAAGUAACUGUACAUGUACUUGGAACUAACAUGUAAGUGAUCAGAGUGGCUGAAUGGCACUUACAUCUGUAGCUGAUGACGUGCCAAUGGAUCUCUACACGGUGUUUUACAACUUUUGUCAAGGACCUGUUAGGGAAAAUCCUUCAAGACCGCCGCUAGAAAGAGCGCCUUUAAAUGUCCAAGUUUGAAAGUGAUUUAUGUAAAAUUUUGUGACUAUGAACACUAUAUGAGGGUACAAACUUGUCCCGACCACACAAGCGUCUGUGAAUUUUCGCAAUUUGCAGAGCUAUUUCUCCGCUCCCUUGAGCUGUAUUACUUUCAAACUUAGCAAGUUUAGUAAUUCUGUGGCGCUCUUUCCAGCAGUGUAGACGGAUUUUGCUAACUGAUCCUUAUCAACUCGAGACAAUCCCGCGUGGAAGAGUCUAUUGAAAACGGGUUAACCGCCCCCCAAAAAAAAAAAAUAAAGGUUCAAAAAUUACAUUUAAUGCUUUGCAUUUUGUUGCUUUCUUCAUUUCCGAACGCCGUAAUGGAGUCAUGCAAGCUAUUCUGACGUUUCGCUCUGUCAAUAAAGUGAUGAUGUCUAAUUGUGUCUUUUUGAAUAUGCUUUUCCUGUUCAGGAAAGCAGCGGAAGUACGUCUGUUUGUCUUCUUUUAGUUUAAGGACCGAGAUUCAAAGUAUUACCUUUAUCCUCAGGGGCGCAACUUUCCAGAUUUGGGAAGCAAUCAUGUUAACAAUUUAAUUUAAUUUUUUUGUGUUUUUGGACAAAUUUAGCUGGUUAGCACAAUCUCAUAGUACUUGGAAAGUAACAGUCACAGAAUUAGGAGUCGCUCCAAUUCUAAAACGGAUCGUGGCGAUUCCAUUCGAGUCAAACUAUCUCUUGGAGGCCUGUAGUCAGUAAAGUUUCGCAUUGUUUCUUGCCUAACUUUCAGGUGCCCAUUCCUCUUCCUCCUCAACGCCGCCGUUUUCUAGCAAUCAAAUGGCUGAUCACCGCUGCUCGGGAACAGCAGAAAACAAAUAAGAACGCAAGAAUGUACAAGAAACUGGCUAAAGAACUUCUCAAUGCUUACAACAAUGAGGUAACAAGUGAUCCUGAUACACCAUGCACUUGUCACUUUAAUAGUACGGUACUGAUUUUGGACAGAAUUUUGUGUUUAAUUGACCAAAAUGGAUCGAAGCGCGCAUCUCAUUCGCGGUUAAGGAAAAGAACAGCUGCCUUCAAAGUAAAGUCAAACUCCGUGAAUACGGACAAUAAGGGGGCCAUAGAAAGUAUCAUCAUCAGCACUUUUAUUUAUUCAAGAUAAAAACAUCAGGCUAAUUUUCAAUAUCCGAAAAUGUUGCAAACUACUGAAUUAACAGUAAUAGCACUUACAAAAUGAGUGUCCGUAUUAAGCAGGCGUCCAUAAAGCGGGCUUCGACUGUACUAUCGACUGCCUGGUUAGCCUACCACGCCUGUGUGGGAGGCUACCGCCUGGUCGUCCAAAGUGGUAACAGCAUGGGAAGGAAGCCACCAAAAUACGUGGACAUAGUGUUAUGGCACAUUCAAAGAUGGUAUUCGAAUUAUCUUCAUUAUGCCUGAAAUGACUUUUGUGUUCUUUAUGUCAGUGUCCCUAUAGCCUGGAUUUCAGAAGCAAAUCAAGCGUAACGCCAUAUGCAAACAGAAGCGCUAGCUUAUGGCUCCGUCCAUUCAAGCCAAGAUAUUUUUGAAGCGGCACAUUUUAUUUUUGUUCACGAAUCGGUCUUCCGUCCACACAAAACCAGUGAAUCUGCUUACCGAAACUGCAUCUUUUUGAAACCACUUUCCGGAGUGGUUUUCCUCCUCCACACGAAUCCCAAGUGUCCCCUGUCGUGUGGACGGGGAAUAUGGGGCCAAACUUCGUCUAAACACCGAAUUUAUGUCUAGACCAUUUAUCCGUCUCAGACUUUAGUAGAAAUUCGGCCAAUAGGGAGCUUUGGCACCGACGACGGCGAAAGCAAGGGCAACGAUAUCCAAAACAAUAACUUUGCAAGUGGGUCACGCUUUCUUUACAUUUCUUUGCCGUUACUGUACGACUACAAUUUGAAACUUCCUUCAUUUCACGUUUUGUGCAGGACUUGAACACAAGAUCACGACUUUUUUUGCCUGAACUUUGAGAGCCCUUCAUAAUUCAACUCCCGAAGAAAUUGCCAACAUUUGAUGUAUUUAAGGAGAUGGAAUAAGCGCGAUAAAGUUUGAAACAGCGCUAAUUCACUUUUAAGGGUCGUUUUGGAAGCCGUGGCCUUCCCUACUACUUGUAUCCCAUCCAAGUCAGUUUAAAGAAUUUGUUUUGUUUUGUUUUUUUUUUUUUUGGGGGCUCAUUCGUUGCAAGUACGUGACUUAGCUCAAAAAUUCCUCGUCUUACACGCGAUACUUUUGUUAUAUCAAUAGGGUACCGUGAUAAAAAAGAAACGUGAACUACAUAGGCGUGCAGAAGACAACAGAGCGUAUGCACACUAUCGAUGGUGGUAG